AUGUAUAUCGUAGAUGUGUUUGUCUCCUGUGUUAACAUUACCACUAUUGGACUUUUUAAAUUGGGGGAGAUUGGAGAUUGCAUUAGAUCCGUGCCCUUUAAUCUUGAUCAUGUUAGGAGAUCUCUGAAGUCCAUCAAGCUAGACUUCAUGAGUAUGGAUUCAUCUCAAAGAACUCUAAAUCAGUCUGUUUCUGCCCCUAUUUCUAGCUAUACAAGUUCAUUAAGAUCCAAGAAAUCAAUAGAUGAAGUCAUUGUGGGGCUUGAUCGUGAUGCUGAGCUCAUAAGAGACAAGUGUCUGGGAAAACCAAAGAAGCUAGAUGUUGUCGCUGUUGUUAGAAUGGGCGGAAUUGGCAAGACUACCCUCGCCACUAAGGUAUUCAAUGAUGAUUAUGUUAAGCAUCAUUUCUGUGUCCAUGUUUGGGUCACUGUUUCUCAGACAUAUGAUAAGCGUGCUGUGUUGGCUCAAAUUCUCGAAUCCAUCCGUGUUCAACUGAACCUCGAAAAGACCAGUGACUCCUAA